UGGGUCAGGGACAGGCUGUGAAUCGCUGCUCCUUUAUACUUAAAUCAGUCACCGUGGAGUUGAACACGGACACAGCAGGAGUUCAAACUUUGGCCAUUUAACCAUGGAAACUAAAGACAGCGGACAACAGGAAAGUCAGUGGACAACCCUGGCAGAUAACGGAAGAAUGGACGAUGUGAAAACUGGCCCUCACCAGGACUGAAUCUCCUCCCCGGGUCUCCUCCACCUUCAUGUCCCCCUCCUCCUCUCCGUGCCAGAUGCCUCCGCGGGGAGACGGGGGCUACAAGCCGGCAGCGGUGUCCCCUGCCCCGCCUGUCCCGCCGAGGAGGGUCCGGAGCCGGGACAGGGGCUCCGGCAGGACGCGGCGGUCCGGGGCAGGGGCAGCGGAGAGGCGGGUGAAGUGUGUGCUGGUGGGGGACGGAGCUGUGGGGAAAACCAGCCUGGUGGUCAGCUACACCACUAAUGGGUAUCCCACAGAGUACGUCCCGACAGCGUUUGACAACUUCUCAGCGGUGGUAUCAGUGGACGGGCAGCCAGUCAAACUACAACUAUGUGACACAGCUGGACAGGAUGAGUUUGACAAACUGCGUCCUCUGUGUUACACCAGUGCAGAUGUGUUCCUGCUGUGCUUCAGCGUCGUUAGUCCUGCGUCCUUUCAGAACGUUCCUGAGAAAUGGGUCCCGGAGAUCCGGAAACAUGUCCCCAUCGCUCCACUUGUCCUGGUUGGGACGCAGUGUGACCUCCGAGAAGAUGUCAAGGUUCUCAUAGACCUGGCGAAGUAUCGAGAACGGCCUGUGGACCCAGCCGAUGCCAGGGACUGUGCGGUGGAGAUUGGUGCUGUGGCCUACAUGGAGUGCUCUUCCCUGACACAAAAAAAUCUGAAAGAAGUGUUUGACACGGCCAUACUGGCCAGCCUGCAGAACCACAGCUCCCAUAAGCCCAAAAGAGGGAAACAGAAACGUCGGAAAAAGCAAAGGCAGACACCUGACAAGAUGAAGAGUUUGUCCAAGUCAUGGUGGAAAAGGUACUGCUGUGUGGCCUAGAGCAGACCUGUGAUGGGUUUGGGUCUAAGACUUUGAUCCUCUGCUGAUUUUCUCCUAGUCUGGAUUCAGCCUGGUUUCUCUUUAAAGGAGCCUUAUGUGGAGCAGGACCUCGACUGGAGUGUGAAUGGGAACUGAAGUAUGACUGUCAUGGAUCUUCUCUUUUAUUUGGGAGCGAUGGAUGAGAUUCACCACUGAGUCCAGCCUGGUUCUGCUCUUGUUCUACGUGCUCCAGCUGUCAUAGAACAAACCAGAUUGAUCUUACAUUUUGUCCUUUUUCUAACCCAGUGAGCUAAUUGCAGGAGGUCACUGUGUCACCCAGAAUUAAGCUGGAAUUAACUGGGACUUUUUUUGGACUAGCAGAAAGACCUGUCCACGUCAUGAUGGAUGUGAUCAUGUUUUUUAAUGAUAAGACUGGUCCAGAUUUGAACAGGAACAGAAACAGAAACUUCACAUGCAUUGAUUUGUGUUUAGUCUGGUGUUCUGGUAAAAGUCUUCCCUAUUUGUGAGGGAUUUAUGUAGCCUUGAAGGGAAUUGGACCAUCUAAAGACUACACUUGAUGUGACCUAAAUGAAACUGCAUCUAAAUUUACUCCUUUUUUAAACUUGUUUCUAACUUUACUUGGGUGUCUAAUAGUCACAAUUAGAAAUAACUGCUGACUAAAAUAGUUUAGUAACCAAACUGUGUCUUUAAUUACACAUGAACAGGAGAACGCAUUUUGAAUUUUGCGACCCAAACCGAUUUGUUUUUAUCACCGGACGGAAUUGUAGUCAGGAUUUAGUCAACAAAAAACUUAGUUUUAUAAACAGCUAAUAAUUAUAUCCUUGCAUUUUAGACUGGAUUUAUUCUAGUUAUGGGAUUAGGUCUGACUUGGUUGUAAGUGUGGUUUUCUUCAUGUCCUGCCGCAGUUUAGCCCAGAAUGAAGCCAGACGUUGGAUAAGUUCGGUGAGGCUCAGGCUUUGGUUACCGGAUCGUGUCUUGUUUUAAAAAACGAUAACAACAAAAAACAACUUAAAAUGUUUUCACUUCGGCAAGAUGUUCAAAAAUCAUUGGAAAAUGAAACCUACCACAUAUUUGAAUACAAGCAAUGUAUCUUGAAUAUCAAAGUGAUAAUAAUCCCAGCAUUGUUCUGUAAGAACAAGUUGUACAUUUUCUCAAGAAGACACAAACUGUAUCGAGUCGGUAACCUACUUCAAGUUUUCAUUGGUGGAAGUUCGUUAUCCUCAUAUGUCCUGCAUGAACGAUUACACAUUAUGAGGUAUUAAUGUGGUUUGGUUGAAUAUAAAUCUUUGUUCUGUGGUGGUGGAUUGUGGCUGGCGCUUGAUCAUGGCUGGAAAGGACGACAUUUUGUUAUUUUAAUGUUUUGUUUUAUCCCCUCUUCAUCACAACCAUACUGUGUGCUCAAAGUAGUCUAAGAUCAACUAAGUCCACAAGCCGCAACAUUCUCAGUACCCAAGUGACUGUUUUUUGAGGCUUUUUGUCCACACGCAACCGAGGACUAAAACAAAGAAAAACAAGGAUGUUCAUGUAAACUGUUCACCCAGGAACAUACAUUUACAGGCACAAGUUGCAAGGCUGGGAAAACCUCUGUUGGUUUCAGAUAUUUGUGUGCUUGAUGUGUGUUUGAUUUAUCUUACCAGACACUUAAACAGCCUUAAGUAUGGGCACUUAACAGAAUCAGAUCAACCAAAGUGCUCUUUGCAUGUGUUUAAAUUUACAAAAUGGACUCUAUUUGUUUGUGAAGGUUUGCGGCAAGAAAAUGAUUUAGAGCAAACCGAACAACAAAGAUGAGUUUUUUUCUUAGCUUUUCAAUGCAACUGUGUAUCUAAGACUGUGAAAUUUGAAUUAUGUACAUAUUCAGUGAAAUAUUUUCUUAGUAGUUAUGAACCACAGUUUGAUUCAUCAUGUUUAUUGCUUUGCAUUUGUUCCCUUUAUCCAAAAAUAUGAUCUCCUGCUAUAUUAGAGUGGUAACAUUGUUCAUUUCUACCACUCUGCAUCCAUUCUGCUUUAACGACACAGAGACAUUAUUGUCCGUCAUAUAUCUACUGUGUGGUCUGUCAGUUGUACGGCCGCCUCUGCAGCCCGUCCUCUCAGAGAGACAGAUUCAGCUUUAAAGCAGAAAUAAAAAGGCACACUGAAACACAAAAUGUGUGGCUGUCACUCAGCUGCCGCACCUUCCUUUGUACAUUGUAGUUACAAAACCAAGAACCUGCCUAUAUCAGAAAGGGUCUUUGUAUGCAGUAGAAGGGAAAAACGGUGCAACCGGUUUGCAAUCUGUAAUGAAUUUAAAUCAGCUCUGCCAUGGUUUACUGCAUAUGCAGCAUAAUUAUUCAUAUUGAUCAGACUUAAACACAAGAAGGACUGUUUGGUUAUAUUCCUGAAAAAAAAAAGAUCAAGGAUAACCCUGCUAAGGAUAAAGGUGAGGGACAUCUAAUUUUCCAUGUGUGUAACCCAAAGCUAAUAGAGCUAUAAACUUUCAGCUAACAGGAGUCUCAGGAUUUGGGUGAGCAAAUUAACUAAACACAGGCUUUUUUCAGAUGUAACAAACACCAAUUAUUUCUAGUGUGUGGUUCAAAAAGUCAGUUCUCCUCUUGAGCUGUUGAUGUGCCUUCAAAUUCAGCAAAUUAUAAUUCAUUUGAAAUUUGAACUGUACUGUGAAGGAAAUUUGGUGGAUGAGAAAUACUUUUUUGUAACAUUUAAGUUUAUUCUAACAAAGUUAAAAAUUAAAUAAAAAUAUUCACAGUUUUGGAAACCAUCCUGUGUUUUCUUUAAAGUAAGUGCAAAGUAAAAUAAAGCUGGCUUGCUCUAUUACUGAGAAGGGAUUGUGUAUUUAUAGAGUGACGCCGUCUUUAAAAUGUUACCAUUAUGCUUAAAAGUUACUUACAGCUUGAUAUUAACAUUAAAAUUUGGUUUGAACCAGACCAAAAAAACUAAAAUAUCCUUGUUUAACACAAACUGACCCUCUGUUUACAAUAUGCCCUCAAGACGUACACUAAUUUGAGUAUUUGCAGAGGCGUUUGCUUUGCCAAAUCUAAAAAAUCUCAUUUUGUUAUGCUGAGAUUUGGCCUCAGUGUAAAGCCGUGCCUCCGGGUUGGAAGACUGGCUGUUACUGGAGCUGUUUGGUAGUUUUCUGCUAAAGAUGUUACAACUGUGAGUGAAUGGGUUCACUGUGUCGAUCUUUAACUCAUGAUAGCAAAAGCAUUGUUUCUUCCUGGGGAAAAGACAUAAUAAGUUGCUUGUCUUGCCAUUUGUGUGCAGUCUCGGCUGAUGGUGGAUUUAAGUAGGCUAAAGGUCACGCGAACCCUUAUGAUAGCUGGCUAUGAUCCGUCUUCCUUACUUACAUUCAUGAUUUAUAGACAGUGUAGUGAAGUUUCUCACCACACUGCAGGAUGUGAUUCGUGACUACAGUCAUACCGAAAAAACAUAAAUCUGUGUUAAUUCGUUCCUGCUUAAAUACAUUAAAAUAACAUGAAUGCUGUCUUUGACUCUCACCAUUCAGUCAAUUAAACAAACAAAUCAUAUCUUGCAUGUUUCUGAGAGGGACGUGUUUGUUUUUUUAUCCACCUCUUAAUCUGUCCUGUGACACCUGAUGAGCUAAACUAUAAUCUUUACGUUAUAAUGUCUGUUCGGCUGCUGGUUAAUCGGCUGCGCUGUAUGUCCUGUAUGAUGAUGUAUGGUUUUGUAAUGUAGAAGAGACGGGUCCCUGAAAGUGAGCUAAAGUCAAUCAGAGAAGAGACGUGGUGAUAAAUGGAGUCGAUGGAGUCCUGUGUGGUAAAGUUGAUGUUUUGCUGAAGGUUCGACAGAAAUGUUACUGCUUUGUGCAAAGUCUGAAAAUCAAAUUAGUUUUGCCACUAAAGGAUGAGUUCACAAUUUUCCAAGUGUUUCUUAAAACAAAUGUCAGAUGCCUUAAUUUGAAACACAUUUCCUUGUUGUAAUCAUUCCUCCUCUUCAUACCGACCUUUAGCCGAUCCUCCCCAAUUGUGGUUAUAAUGUAAUGUUAAUCAUUUUGAGAUAAAAUGUAUUUAAGGGUUUAUCUGAAGAUAAUUUGAUGACUCAGCUGUCUGAGAUAGUCAAAUGAAGUAGAUAUCCUCCCAAGUUAAAGUCUUGUCUCUUCCUCGACAGACUGUGUUUUCUUGUUGAGAUGCAGUGGAAGGAUCGUAACAAAAAGAAAGACUGGCACUAAAAAGACUGUAAUGUUGAAUGAUAUUUACUUCAACUGACUAAUUUGAAUGGCUGAAGUUUCAUAUUAGCUUCAAAUAAACUUUUAAAUGCAUUUUUCUUUGGCUUCUAUCACUUAAACUGUAAGUGCAUUACGAAGGGAUCUUUUAAUGGUCAGUCUAAAAAGGAGGAAAGAUUACAGAAAUGAAAAAAUCAUGAACCCGUCCUUUAUGAAAUUCACUGGUGGCUUUUGUGAGUAUGACAUAUGACCUGAUAAUGGCAAUAAUGGCUCCAGUUAUUGUGAGUUAUGUGGUGUUGAAAAGGGCUUUCACAAUACCAAACAUAUUGAAUCAAACACAGUUGUAAAGCCGAUCACACUGUAAUACUCGCCAUCAUUUGUUCCACAUGUACUGUAAAUGUGUAAGAUGUCACAGACCUAAUUCCUUCUCUCAUGUGUGAUUUUCUGCUGCGUUGUUGGAAGGAAAGUAAAGAUGGACAACAAUCCACAUCCAGUCUGAGUUGGGGGUUAUAAAUACAGCCGCCUCUGCGUGUGAACGGCCUCUGCGGACUUUGCUGGGCACCACAUUCCCACACAGUCCUAAUUGUUGAUUGCACAAUAAUAUCCCAUCAAUCCCAGUAAGUUUAAACAAAACGCAGACAAGCCUGGGGAAACGCGCAGAGUGGGACAUUCUUGAGACUGAAUUGUUUUAUUGAGGUUGAAACCCUCUAAAGAACACCUGAGCUCACUCACAUGGGACACCAGCUGAGAACUUUGCUUAGAGGAAACCAACCCGCUCGUCCUGUGCCAAACAUCACAUUGUUUUCAUUAUUCUUGCAUGUCAAAACAUCGUAACAGAUAGUAUGUGGCUGUGAUCUGCUCACACUGACGGUCUAACUGUCAGUCAAAAGACAAUGUGUUUGUACAGAAGUUUUAUACCCUGAGAAAUAAAGAAUAUUUGCUAUAAUA